AUGCCCCUCGCUCCUCUGCCCAAGCCCUUCCCUCCUCCUCCUCCUCACCUCCUCACAUCCUCUCACAAGCGAGUCGAGGCAUUCUCAUCCCUUCCCGAGGGAGUCCAGCAGCAGCAGCAGAGCUUGACGCAGGGUGCUGAGCAAGGCGACAACGACGAGGUGCACGAGUAUGAGGAACAGGAGCACGAACAGGAGCAGGAGCAGGAGCAGGAGCAGGAGCAGGAGCAGCAGAAACAAAAUGAAGAGCACGAGUGGGAGUGGGAGUACGAAGAGGAGGAGCAUUUGGUGGUGAUGGAUGUCGGACCUGAUGCGGGAAGGUUGCUAAAGAGCGCAAGAGAGGUGUCCCUCACCGGUCUGGAAACGUCGACCCCGCUGGUGCGCAUCGGAGGAACAUUGUUCGUAGGCAAGUGGGACGAGCUGUUGGGUACAGAGUUGCUCUUUAGCGUACAGAAGCCACCGAGCGGAGCCAAGACGCGAACCGUGCGACCCAUCGACUUGUCUGCCUCUAGCAAUCUCGAAGCGCCGCUGCGUUGCAGUUCCAGCAGCACUUCGCACAUUCUUCUCAGUCCAGCCUCGGAGCUCAAGUCUUCUCGUGAGGAGGAGGGGGAGGGGCCAGCGAAUCCACCCUUACCGCCGCCUCGCCAACAGGCCGGAAGCUCCAGCGUAGCCCACUUGCAAAAAGCAUCAUCAUCGGCCGCCGAAGCACGAGCAGCAGUAGGGGCAGGGACAGGGGAAGGGGCAGGAGCAGCAACAACAAUAGCUCCGACCAAAAAGCAACCUGGUCGACCCAAAUUUACAGACGAAGAAAGAGCUCAAGCGGGCGUGCUUCGUGCGCUCAAAAAGGCUUCCGGUUUGCCCCUUGGCAGAGGCAAGAUCGCAGCUGGAAGUGCUACUGCGGCUGCAGCUACAGCUGUUCGGAGAGUUUCGGAGCAUGCCAGGUCUCAAGGCGUGCGGGAUGAGGAUGGGAGUACAAGUCAAGUGGACCGAGAACAGGAGCAGGAGCAGGGGCAAGAGCAAGAUGAUUCCAUGCCGGUAGACGAUGCGAUAGUUGGAGAGGUGCAACAAGGAGCUCGCAGAGGGGUUAGGCAGGACGAUGCUGCUGAGAAAAAUGAAGAGGAUGAAAGGAUGGGCACCUGA